AUGAAGAUUCCAAUCAAAGCCAAUGCCGCGAUUCCCCCUACUACCACACCAGCGAUGAGUCCAGUCGAUGGGCCUGAACUGGAUUUCGACGAGGAUGCGGGAUUCGCAACGGCGGUCGAUGAACUGAAUCUCUGUGUCGUCUUCGGCGUACUGUCUGAAGAUGAUGCCAAUCCAGUGGCAGCAGAACUCGUCACAACCGUGCUACUACUCGACGCCGUAACCUCCGCCGCAAUACUCGUCGCAUCCACCGAUCCUCCCGUCGGCAACGCCCCAAGCACACUCCCCGCUACACUCUCAAUCACCGCCGUCGGCACCGUAACACCCUUGCUCGACAACACAGAUGACACAUCGCCCACAAUACUCGAUAUCAAACUGCCAAUCUGCCUGCGCUGCUGCUCGUGGACCCGGCGUACGCGUUCCGCGGUGACGCUACCAGCGGCGCGACAGUGUUCAUCUGUCGUAAUUUCGAUGAUUACGCGAUCGGGAUGCGAUGGUAGGAGUGAGGCGUAG